UCACAUCACAUUCAUUCACAACUUGGCGUAAAUCCUUCGUAAAUCGUAAUAUUUUGUGGUUAAAAUUAAGAACAUCGCCAAAAACGUCUGAAUUGGUCAUUUGCAAUAUUCUAUCACUUAACGAUUCAUUCUAACAUCAUAAACUUCCGACUUUCGAGAAAUAGUGAUUGUAAUCUUUGUUAAAAAUUGCAAUACAAUCAUUUGACUUCAGUUUGUUUAUUUGGGAUUUGUGAAUCAAACAGCACACAUGGGGCGAGAUCGAGAUCGCAGCAGUUCGAGGCACCGCAGUCGCAGCCGCGAGCGCCGCAGAAGCCGCGACAGAGGACGGGACCGGAGUAAGGAGCGGCAUCGAUCGCGGGACCGGAGUAAAGAUCGACACAGAGACAAAAGUGUAGACCGGAGAGAGCGCACGAGAGACCGUAGCAGAGACAGACAGAGUAAAGAGCGCCAGAGAGAUAGGAAGCCCAGAGAGCGCAGUCACAGCCGGGAGAGGUCUCACAUGCCUCAGAAGGACAGGGACAAUGAUCGCCGCGGUAAUGAUAGGGCGCGUAGCUCUUACAAAGACUUUGGUGGCGGAGGUGGCCUGGGCUCAGGAGGGGGUUUUGGUUCAGGUGGAGGAGGAUUUGGAGGAGGCCUGGGUAGCAGUGCAACCGGCACUGGCGGUGGUGGAGGAGGCCGCGGACGCUACAAGCCUCAAGAGGAUGAUUUCCUAGAUGCUCGCCGCGAGCAACGGGAGCGCAUCGGCGAGCUUGGAGUACCUGCUGUUUGGGGCAAGUCACCACAGAGGCCUGAUUCUGAUGAAGAAUCUGAGCCGGAGGACAACAGAAAAAGCAAAGACAAGAAAAAGAAGAAGUCCAAAGACAAAGAGGACACGAAGCAGAAGCUGAAGAAGUUGAAGAAGAAGCUGAAGAAGGUGAAGAAGGCGCGCAAGAAAGCCAAGAAGAAGUCCCGGAGCUCCUCGAGUAACUCUAGUUCCAGUGAAGAGGUGUGGGUGGAGAAAGGAAAAGAGCACGAGCUGAUCGCUCGAACGUCAGUGGAAGUAGACGACGCGAUCCCCGGCCCCUCGCCCGCCGUGGACGCGUCCAGCGCCGGCGCCGGCGCCGGCCCGCUGCGCGAGUUCGGGCGCGCGCUGCUGCCCGGCGAGGGCGCCGCCAUGGUCGCCUUCGUGCAGGACGGCAAGCGGAUACCCCGGAGGGGAGAGAUCGGCCUCACCAGCGAUGAGAUCGCUUCGUAUGAGAGUGUUGGAUACGUCAUGAGUGGGAGCAGACAUCGUCGCAUGGAAGCCGUGCGUAUCCGCAAGGAGAACCAGAUCUACUCGGCGGACGAGAAGCGCGCGCUCGCCGCCUUCAGCAAGGAGGAGCGCGCCAAGCGCGAGGGCGCCAUCCUCGCGCAGUUCCGCACCGUGCUCCGCGCGAGGACGGCUAGGAGAGACGACACGUAGCGGUGUAGACUAGUGGCGUAAAGUGAUCAAUGACUAGGAAAGCCGGUGGGGAUCGAGUCUACCCUUUAGUGUUAGUCCGUUGUGGCAAAAUACUUGCCAUCAUACUCUUAAAACUAAAACGCGUCUCUAAAGUCUUCGAGAAUUAUGGUUCGAAAUUCCCCGCCCCUUGGAUAUAAUAUCUAUAAAACACUCAAAGAACUUUACGAAGUUUCAUUUGUAUUGUUUACGGACAUAGCAGUUUCUUAGUUGCUCUUUAUUUUCUGAUGGUCUAAUAAAUGCCUAAAUGUGUUGAAUGUGAAAUGUGUAGAGUGCACUCUCGAUUGUCUACGCCUGAACUAAUGGACAGUUACUUCAAAUCGAAUAUUUGCUAGAAUAUGGUAACAAAUGAAUUGUUAGAUCUAAUCCAAGGAAAUUGUGAAUGAUAGACUGAUCUGUUGAAUAUCGGUUAGUAUCAGAAUAAGUUAAUGUGUAAUAUAAUAUUUAAAAAUAAAUUAAACAACAUUU